AACUGAAUCUUCUUGCCCUGACGAAGGUAUUCAGUUACCGAAAGCUCGGCAAUAAGAUAAAUAAGAACAUUGACUGUAAUAGCAUUCAGAUCACGGUGCUUGUCAGCCCUUUCAUAAUUCUCUGGGGCUUCUAAGUUACCUGGGUCACGAAACAGCCGUAGGAUAUACACGGUUUGCUUAAUGGUACCAGACCAGUCUAUUAUUCUGGUGGAGACCAAAGUUUGAAUGGGUACUAGACCUAGUACCUGACAAGUAAUCAAACAUGGCGGAACGGAGAUUUCAGCAAAAGAGUAGUGUCGUCGAUCGUCCUCUUAGCAAGGGGAAAGCUGAGGUUAACAUAAGCACCUUUGCAUUGCUGUUUUCUGAAAUGGUGCAGUAUUGUCAGAGUAGAGUUGGUUCAGUUCCUGAGCUUCAGAGCAAGUUGUCUGAGAUGGGCCAACAUGUUGGAGUCCGGAUUCUAGACCUCCUUUUCAUCAGAGAGAAAGGACUCAAGAGAGAAACCAAACUACUGAAUAUUCUUCUCUUCAUUAAAUCAAACGUCUGGAAGGUUCUUUUUGGGAGAGAGGCUGACAAGUUAGAACAUGCAAAUGAUGAUGAAAGAACAUAUUAUAUCAUUGAGAAGGAGUCUCUAGUUAAUCGUUUUAUCUCUGUCCCCAAAGAUAAAGGUAGUUUGAACUGUGCAGCAUUUACUGCAGGGAUUGUGGAAGCCAUUCUCACAGGAUGCAACUUUCCUGCAAAAGUAACAGCACAUUGGCACAAAGGAACGACAUACAUGAUCAAGUUUGAAGACUCAGUCCUUGCCAGGGACAAGGCAUUGGAUCAACGAUAGCACAUAGUGCAAGCAGUAAGACUUCAUGGUCAUCCAGGCUCUGUAGAUUGUUAGAACAGGAAUCAUGGUUCUUAUCCAUUGAAAGAAAGUUUCUCAAUCUUUACUCUUCUUUGAUAUGGUUGGCAAAUUGAAGCCUGUACGUGUAUACGUUAUACUGUGAUCAAUACUUUCCCCAAAAGUAUUUCAUGCAAAAUGUUGUUGUUGGAACACCAAAUAGAAAUUAACAGAAAGCUGGCAUAAUGUAGAAUGCUCUGACAUAUUGGGAUCAGCAAACUUUCUGUCAUCUUUGAUUGGUCAGUCAGAAACUUGUUCAUGACCAGUCUACUUCUGUGUUGUUGUGAAUAAUUGAAGCUGCAUGAGGGCGCUCUUGCUCUUAACCAGCCCCAUUCUGUAGUUUGAAUGUACAUGUAUGUGUUCUGUGUAUAUACAUGUGUAUAUAUAUAUAUGAACGUGUGGACAGAUAUAGUGAAUGUGUGGUACAGAAUGUUUGUUGCAGACAUCUUUGAAAAGCUUGCUUGUGGAAAGUGAAAAUUUAUCUCAUCCCAAAUGGAAAUUAUCCCAAUUUUUUAAAGUAUCUUUACCACUGAACAUUGUUAACAAGAACCUGUGAACAUGGCCAUGGUUAGGAGCUGUCCAUCCACAUUUAAUCAUGUUCUUCUUUAUUGUGUAAAUUUCGUAUGUGAAUUUUUAUUGAUAGUAGUCCAGGAAAUCUACACUGAUUUCUCAAUCUCCUGAUCUGGAUCCCUUUGUUGAUUUUGUUUGAAAUACUUAUUCCAUUCUUUACGUAGUAAGGGGAAUUUGCACUGUCAAAAUCUCUAUAAUAAAAUGACCCAUUUUCAUUAAUCUUCUCAUUCACGGAAAUUGUUGUAAAUAAAAUGUUGAAAUGCAUGUUUAACCUGAAA